AUGUACAAAUCUACCAUCGCUGCUGUUGCGCUUUUGAGCGUCGCGUCUGCUCAAUCGACCGUGUCUCUUUACCUUCCUGGGUUCGAUAAACAAACUCUCCUUGCUUCGGUCGUUGGAUCUGACUCAGCCAUGACAACCUAUGCCCUUGCAUGUCCCUCUGAUGCCGAUAGCUCAGAAUGCGGUGUCCCCCCUUCUUUCACAGUAACCCAAGGACCAUCAACUCUCCACUACACCUACUCCGCCGACGACGGAGAAGGCGAGGUCGAAACCAUGGAUCUCGGCUGCACAAUCACCAACUCCGCAACCGCGACCUGCUCCUACUCGAACUCUGGCGUUUUCGGAUCCACGCAAACCUCCUCCUCUUCCUCGACCGUCAUCUCCAACUUCAACGAGCAGAUCCAGGUCGUGACGCUUACCGCCGGUGCCAUCGCGAGUGCUGCUAGUUCUGCGUCUGCCACAUCCACCGCUGGGUCGAGUUCCGCUGCCAGUUCGUCAGCGGCGAGCAGCGGAUCAAGCUCUGCGUCAAGCUCUAGAGCAAGCACUGGAUCUGCGGCUUCGGCAGCGUCGUCUGCAGCGUCAUCCGCGUCAAGUGCUGCCUCUUCUGCUACAAGCACCGGUGGUAUGCCUAUGAUCACUGGAAAUGCGUGGAUGGUUGGUGGUGCGGCUGUUGCGAUUGCCUAUGCUGCUAUGUAA